AUGGCUGUCCGGGCACUUACGAGAGGGUUCCGAUACUCACGGGCUGCCACAGUAGCAUCCCCCUGUGGUGGGCAUCACUAUGUGACAGCACCGUCUGUGAAGCCACCUCAACCCCAGGCUGACGAUGUAACAGAAAAAAUAUUAAACCAGCCCCUCGAGAAACCAGACUUUUUCCGUGUGGCUGAGCUUUUCUCCUUGAAAGACUUGUUCGACGCCAGAGUGCAUCUUGGUCACAAAAAAGGUUGCAGGCACAGGCUCAUGGAGCCGUAUCUCUACGGCUGUCGUUUGGAUCAUGACAUUAUCGAUCUGGACCAGACUAUGGAGCACCUUCAGCUAGCCCUCAACUUCACCGCCCACAUAGCAUAUCGCGGCGGCAUCAUCCUGUUUGUCAGCAGGCGGCGUCAGUUCGGCCAUCUGGUGGAGACCACCGCCAAGGAUUGUGGGGAGUAUGCGCACACGCGGUACUGGCAGGGCGGCCUCCUCACCAACGCCAAUAUCCAGUAUGGCCCAGGAGUCCGCCUACCGGAUCUCAUCAUUUUCCUUUCAACUCUCAACAACGUCUUUCAGCAGCACGUGGGCAUCAGAGACGCAGCCAAGAUGAACAUUCCCACAGUGGGUGUGGUGGACUCAAACUGCAACCCCAGCCUGGUGACGUACCCCGUGCCCGGGAACGACGACACUCCAGCUGCCGUCGAGCUCUAUUGUCGUUUGUUUAAGAUGACCAUUAACCGUGCCAAAGACAGAAGGAAACAGAUGGAGCUCCUUCAUGGUCUGUCAGCUCCCACCUCGCAGACCUCACGAUAUGCUCUUAAAUAA